GUUCGCUAAGGCUUAUGGAUUCGUCAUGAUAACCAGCAGCCCUAGGUACCCGCAGAGCAACGGACUCGUGGAGCGGAUGGUCAAAUCCAUCAAACAGCUACUGACAAAGGCGGAGGACCCACAUCUCGGGCUACUGGCUUACAGAUCCACGCCACUGCCUUGGUGCACUCUCAGUCCUUCAGAAUUGCUCAUGGGAAGACGAUUGAGAACAACAAUGCCACAGUCGACAGCACAACUCACCCCACACUGGGAUUAUCUGAGGAAUUUUCGUGAAGCAGAUAAUUUUUUCAAAAGCAAACAGAAGAAGAACUUUGACUCCAGACAUCGAGCUAAAGACCUGCCCCAAUUACAAAAGGACACGGAAGUCUGGAUAACGUCAAGUAAAGAGCCAGCUCAAGGGACAAUCGUCGGUCCAGGCCACACUCCACGAUCCUAUGUCAUUAAAACAGACAAAGGGGAGGUGAGGAGAAAUAGAGGACAUUUGAAAGCCAUCCCAAAGUUUGGCACUUCACCUGAAAUCGGAAGUCCCCAGAAUACGGAAACUGGUCAAACAACACCAACCAGGCCACAAACGAGAAGCCAGACUGGUUGUCAAAUAAAGAGGCCGAUGAAACUCGACCUGUAAGGGGAGAUGUGGAGUGACUCUAUUAAUAGCGUAGUGACACGCAUGCGUAACUAUUGUAUCUUCGUAGUAUGUCUUCGUAGUGUGUUGAGUUCUAGUGUGUUGAGUAGAAUAAAUACAAACCGUA